CAUAGCUUAUUACAUUUGACAAAAUUUGCAUUUUACGCAAUAAACGAAAUAUGUGGAUUGCUUAUGUUGAUAUGUGGUGCCUUUUAGUACUUACACGAUACAAGCUUUAUAUAUAUUUGAUGUACCUCGAAACAGUGUGGUAGCUAGCUACCAAUGCUAUCAAGAGCUAGCAUUGUUUUUGUUGCCGAUGUUGGGCUUGGUUAGGGGGGCUUGCUUGUCUGCCAUCGCAAAUGGUGAUGAGCCUUCGUGUUUCGGAGCUCCAAGUAUUACUGGGGUACGCUGGACGGAAUAAGCACGGAAGGAAGCACGAACUCUUAACCAAAGCUCUCCAUCUACUGAAGGCUGGCUGCAGCCCUGCAGUGCAAAUGAAGAUCAAGGAACUCUAUCGGCGACGCUUCCCCACCAAAAUGGUGUCGCCGGUAGACCUAGCACUGCCAAGUGUUCAUUCCACCUCCAGCCUGCCUGCAGGCCUGACUCAGCUGGGCUUCGACAGUCACGGUGCCCCCUCACCCCUUCUACCUGUCUCCUUACUGGGUCCCAAGCAUGAGCUGGGGCUGCCUCACCUGCCCUCUGCCCUGCAUCCUGUGCACCCUGACGUCAAGCUCCAGAGACUGCCUUUCUACGACAUGUUGGAUGAGCUUAUCAAGCCCACAAGUCUGGCCUCAGACAGUAGUCAGCGGUUCCAGGAAACGUGUUAUGCUUUUGCUUUGACACCACAACAAGUUCAACAAAUCAGCAGCUCGAUGGAUAUUUCGGGGACCAAGUGUGACUUUGCAGUCCAAGUUCAGCUAAGAUUUUGUCUCUCUGAGACGAGCUGUCCCCAAGAGGAUCAUUUCCCUCCAAAUCUGUGUGUGAAAGUGAACGGCAAGCCGUGUACUCUUCCAGGGUAUCUUCCUCCAACCAAAAACGGAGUUGAACCAAAAAGGCCCAGUCGUCCUAUCAACAUCACAUCCCUGGUCAGAUUGUCCACCACAGUCCCCAACACAAUUGUGGUGUCAUGGACCUCGGAAAUCGGCAGGAGCUUUUCCAUGGCCGUGUAUUUGGUGAGACAGCAGUCCUCCACGGUGUUGUUGCAGAGACUACGGGCCAAAGGCAUCAGGAACCCAGACCACUCCAGAGCCCUCAUCAAAGAGAAGUUGACAGCUGACCCUGACAGCGAGAUCGCCACCACCAGUCUAAGAGUCUCUCUGCUGUGCCCGCUUGGGAAAAUGCGUCUGAUGAUCCCGUGCCGAGCGUUGACGUGUUCCCACCUCCAGUGCUUUGAUGCCACGCUCUACAUCCAGAUGAACGAGAAGAAGCCCACCUGGGUGUGUCCUGUCUGCGACAAGAAGGCCCCUUACGAGCACCUCAUCAUCGACGGAUUGUUCAUGGAUAUCCUGAACAGCUGUUUGGACUGUGAUGAGAUCCAGUUCAAGGAGGAUGGAAACUGGUCCCCUAUGAGAUCAAAGAAGGAGGUCCAGGAGGUGUCGGCCUCAUACAAUGGUGUGGACGAUUCCUGUCGAACUGUGAUGCCGGAACUAAGGAACCACUCGAGCGACAACAGCAAGAAGGUGGAAGUGAUCGACCUGACACUGGACAGCUCCUCAGAUGACGACUUGGAUGACGAGCCUCCACCAAAAAGGAUGUGUCCCUCGUUGUCUCCUGCCUCUCCACCGAUGAACAAGGGGGUGCUGAAUCUACACAGCCAGGCGUCACCGUUAACCAGGGCUCCCAGCAUGCCUCCUGUGGAGACAAGCUACAUUCCCCCUCCUCCGCCCCUUAUCCAGGACUACCGCCACUACUACCACACACCCAGUGACCUGCCAGAUUUAAAUUUCUUCUCCUUCCUCCAGGGUGACAAUCAUCAGCAUUACAACAUGAUGAUGGCUGCGGCGGCGGCCGCCUCCGCCUCGGCCACAGACGACCACGACCUGCUGCUCAACCGCUUCCUGCCCUACAGCUCCUCCCAGAUAUUCCUGGAGCAGCCGGGCACGCCGGGCAGCAGCAACCUAGCAGCCGCCAACGGAGGCAGCAACAGCGGCAGCAGCAGCAGCCUGGUGUCCUCCAGCAGCCUGCGUGACAGAGACAGGGACAGGGACCGGGACAGGGACAGCCACUCUCACUCGGGUGCUUCCAGGUCCAGGGAGGAUGCCGCAGCGGCGGCGGCCAUUUACGGUUCCAUCUCGGACGUCAUCUCGCUCGACUGAACACGGGGGACGGGGACGGGGGGGGGACGACACACACGUGGAACUGAGAGAUCAGCUUGAGGAAGAACAUUUAAACGGAGGUAUUUGUAAAUAGAAAAGAAGAGGAAGAAGAAUAGAGAAAACAAUGCUAUGUACAGAGAGGAAAAUCUAUUUUCAAUUUUACUUAUGUAUAUAAACUUAGGACGCUGCCUGUCCAGUGAGUAACUUCAGUUGAUAUUUUUCUGUGGAUACUGAAGAUUUUUCCACACCUUCAUGUGGUCCCUUGAUUAUAUUGUACUUUUUGUACUUCGUUUUUACUCCAUUUUGUUCAAUGGCAUUAUUUCUGUCAAAAGAUGUCACCUGCAGAGAGAUCUGUCCAUUUUUUAUCAUCACUGUUUCAAACAUUCAUGCUGUGGUCAAUAUUGUAUUUAAUUAUUUUCAAGGUAUUAUUUAUGAUGCUUGUAUGUUAUGUUGUAUGUAUGCUGUUUAAAAGCAUUCCCUGUGUCCCUAAACUGUUGCCACUAGGAAUGCCCAAGGUUCUGUUUCUCUAUACUGCGCUCCCAUAUUUUUCUGCAGAAUUUCUCAUUGUUCAUCAAAUCCAGUUUUAGUUACAUCAAAGCACUUUCUAUAAGAUUAUCUCAAAUAUAAUCUAAUAAGAUUGUAUUCAGUGAAAUCAAAUCAAGUCAUUACAGUCAUUGUUGUAGGACUAGGACUAAUUUCAAAACAGAAUUGUAUUUCUUUUACAAGCUGAUAUCAGAUUACCAAUUUAGACUUUUCCUUUCAUAUGAAAUAAAGCAUUUUAUUCAAUUGUGUUUUUCAGAAUAGUUUGAUACCACUUUCCUUUUGCAUUGUGGUCAAUUUUUUUCCACAAACCAAAUGAUUUUUUGUUGGGGUGUGGAUAGCCUAGAUAUUAUUUCUUUAUAGGUUUGUCAUCCAGAUUGUCCAUUUGUCUGUAGAUAAACAAGAUAAAUACUGCAGGACAUAUUUGACUUUACUAAAUGGUUUAUUCACCUAAUCUAAAUGCCACUGAAAAGUUAGUUGUUCUCAGAUUGCAUUUAUUUCAGGCUUUAGUCCACCUAUUUCUAAACAAGAUGCAGUUUGAUUUAGGGAGUAAUAUGGUGCCUUUAUAUUUGAGUUCAGUGCUUAUUGUUUGAUGCAGAGGUAACUUUAACCAAGAAGGUGUUCACAAUGGAGGCAUAGAAUGCUUAACUUUGCAUGCCUGUUCUUUGUUGCUGUUUGUCUCUUGGUGAUUCACCUCAUAGUUCAGUGGAUCUACAACUACCCUACUGUUCCAUCAUAGUGUCAUAAGGGUUGUUGAUUUUGCUCAGUGUCUUUGCUAAAGCUCAAUGAUUUUCUGGUUUAUAAUUGUGACCGAUGAGUGCAUCACAAUGUGCUUCGCCCCAAAGUUUGUUGCUGUUCAAGUUCUGAUGGCCCCUCAUAUUCUUGUGCGUACAAUUAGUAUUAUUUAUUUCAUCUAUAUAUAUAUUUUUUGCAUUUGGUUGAUUCUUAAUUAUGCAUUGCUGUCAUUGUAUAUGAUAUUUCUUUUGUAAUUAUAUGAUUAAUGCUAUUUAAAGAGAUCAUUGUU